AAUCGACACAGACACUAAUCCAGCUCUUCUAUAAAGCCUUUCUCCUUUGCUCGGAAGAGAGAGAGAGAGAGAGGGGGGACGGGAGAGGACUUUAGGAUAAAGACGGCAUCGCACUGGAAGGACAGUGUUCCUCGAUGGGGCCUGUGGAGGGGCAGUGCUGUGGGAGCUGCUCCUCUCUGCCCCCUAUUAUCAUACCCGGCAUGGGCAGCGUGGAACUCUGCACCACCCAAGAGGAUGGAUGUCUUCCCACAGAUGGAGAGAUGGGGUACCCAGAGGCCCAGGCCAUGGAUGAGUAUCCAGUUCAGAGAAAAGGGGACAGACUGCCCUUUCAGAUCUUCCCAGAUCCAGUAGAAGUAGUUUUGAGCUCUGAAGGCUGUCUGACCUGCGCGCCGCAGGGGAAGGAGCGCCUGCCCUCCAUCGUGGUGGAGCCUACUGACGUCAGUGAGGUGGAGAGCGGUGAGUUGCGCUGGCCCCCAGAAGACAUGGACUUCGAUGAAGAUGAAGAUCUGUUCUUGGAGCAGUGCAUCCCACCUGCUAACAUUGCUGACUGGGGAGAGGAUGAGGAAGAAAGCUCUGUUAUUGAAAACCACCAGCAGACCACAUCCCUGCUAGAUCUUCAAGCAGAUGACUUUAGGGACGACACCCCGACUCUACCUCCAGAGAGUGCUUCAACUCUGAACUAACACCCACUGAACCACCCAGUUCUCAGGUUCUAACUACAGAUCACAAUUACGAACCCUGCACUAAUUAAUACACCCUUCAGGAAAUGACUAGAGGAUGUUUACAGUAAUAGCUGCUUUUGGAAGAACUAAUAGGACCGUGCAGCUGAUUGCGGUCUGACUGUGGUCGUGCAAGAUGAAAUUCAACUGACGCUGGCAACAGAGCAACAGAACCUUGUGAAGAAAUUUACUGAAAUUAAAUUAUUACGGUCUUUCAUAGGUUAGUUUACUGCUUCUUGUCAUCACUGUAGAAUCGUGUCUCCACAGUUUGUUCUGUUUUGAAUGUAAAAAUUAGUUUCUGUAUUUUUUGGGUUUAAACCAGUCAGCAUUUUCACAUUCCCCUUACUAUGCAGAUCUGGGAAAAAAAAAAAAAAAAAAAAACAGAGACUUUAUCGAAAAAGAGGAAGGAGAGUAAGGAAAACUUGCAUUUUAGUGACACUAUACACAAGUAUUAUUUGUGGCUGAGUGUUAUGUUACAGAGGUGUUGAAAUUUUCAACGCUUUGAAAGAAAAGUUUAAAUUUGUGCCGUAUUUGUCCCCUUUUUCUUUUACCCAUGUCAGCUUUUUUGUGUUGUAUUUCAGUCACGUCCAUGUGCAUUUUAACCAUCAAGUGCACCUGCAGUGUAUUGCAUCUUUUAUACCAAACAGAAACUAAUUUUGCUCAAUUUCAGUUUUUCCAAAGCAACUUUGUCACUUGUUUUGUUGUUGUGAAGCAUUCGUGUUUGCAAUAUGUACAUACAAUGUUUCUCCUCAAUUAUGAAAUACAAUUUAAAGCAAUAAAA